AUGGUCAAGCGGUAUCGCCAUAUCUCCCACAUGACCCACGAGGAUAUUAGUCUCUUCGUGCGGCUUCUCUGCCUUCCGCCCACAGCCCGACGUUAUACAGAUGGCCUUCCUUCAGACCAAUGGCUCGCCCGUCAAGCCGAGAAGAUUUCCCAAUUACCCAAGACUCUUCAGCGUCCCCAAGACUGGCUGGCAAGGCUGUCCAUCUAUACCAACAAGAAACUGAACCUGACCAUCGAGGAUCUCGUCCCGCAGUGCGCUGUGCUCUGUGCCGCCCACAAAGGUCUGAACCCGUGGAUAGUGCACAGGGUGUUCUUGCUAAUCUCGGAGGAGGUGACGCACCGCCUCGACCCGGUGAGGAAGUUCCUCGAGAACCCUACCAAGCAUGCCAUGAAGCUCAAGACAUCCCUGGGUGAGGUGCAGGACUACGUAGACCGGAUGAACAGCAUGCUGUCCCUCUGGACCGGACCGGAUGUGUUCUUCAGGAUCGUGGGCGACAACUACCCUCCCGGGUUGGCAAUGCAGCGCGUCGAGAACGACUGCGAGGCUUGCAUCUGCAGCUGCAUCGGCGCUUCGGGCCAGGCCCUGUGUGACUUGCGAGCCAUGAUGAACGGCCGGUCCCACAGGCGCCGCCCCCCGGUUCUUAUCCCGCUCGUGGAGGCAUGGAUCGAGCGGUUUGGUGAGGAGAACGCAGACAGGCUCUGGGCGGAGAGCACGAGGAUGGCGAGGGAUGUGCGCCACAUAAGGAGAAGGCUCCUGGGCCGCAAGGGCGGCCAGCGCCGCCACCGCACCCCGUAUGAGAAGAGAAUGAAGGAGCUCGCCCGUCUGGAGCGUGACCUUGACGAGCAGCGCCUGUCGGCCAGCCAGGUGAGAGCGGCGCGCGGAGAGAUUGACAAGAAGCUGGAUGAGAUGUUCGGCAAGGAGUCGAGGAAGCCCAGCGGUCACCAAGGUAAGCACUCAUCAUCCACUGUCUCGGCGUCCACAUUCACGGCGUCGUCAGCUUCCAACGCCUCGGCGGCCACCACCAGGGCCAAGGGCACCCGUAAUGACCGCUCCAUGCCAGUCGAUGAUAACUCGAACAUGCAUCAGCAGGACGAUGCGGACGACGCCGAGCAACUCGAGGACUACCGUGACGAAUUCGACGAGACGGACGCUGCUGCCGCCUAUAAGCAGCAGGACCGGCUCCAAGGAUGGUACGACGCCUUCACCGAGAUCGCAGGGCCGUCAGGGGCCAGCACCGUCGGCAGCCAGCACCCUGCCUUCCGCCAAAACGCGGCCGGUAUCGAGAACAGCUGGGCGAGGAGUCAGAUGGCCGUGUCAGCUCUUCCGAAUCCGCUCCAUUUCUCCAAAAACGUCACCCCGCGCGAGGGGGACGACGACGACGACGACGAGUUUGUCCCAGCUGCUGGACCCGCGAGAACACAGGUGAGCGAGUGGACCGACGCCAGCGUUCACACGCUAGCUACGCAAUCAACUCACAAGUCCAGGCGAGGUACGCGGGCCGGUGCUGAGGCGGCACCACCGAUGCCACAGCUCUCUUCGCAGGGCCAAUGUCCCUCCCGCACGAUUCCCUCCAGCGUCUAUUCGAACAACGCUCCGACAGCUGUCCACCCGCCUCCUGCUGCGUCCACCACCGCCGUUGAAGGAUCUAGUCGCCAGCCUGCUAGCCGCGCGAAUACCAGGCCGCCGAGGGCAACAGCACAUUACCCCCCACCAAGCAGGACCGGCAGUCGACGAUGGCUCCAGCCUAACACUGUCGUGGGAUCGACUGUUACCGCCUGGCCGGGCCCCGGCGCCAGCAGCGAGCAGCACAUGGCGCGGUCGAGCCGGGAAUUCCAGGCCGGCCUCGACCAGCUCGACGGCUCGCCCGGCUUCAGCCUCCCGACCGCUUCCCUCACCCCCGACGACAGCGUCUCGGCGGUCGCGGGGGUGUACCACUCCGACCACCACCGCCAAGAACAAAUCGACGCCGACGAGGCGCUGGCCCGGCGGAUACAGGAGUGUGACCUCGAGGAGCAGCGGCAGGAUGGUUCUGACGAUGAUUCUGACGGGGACGACGACGACGACGACGACAUCCGGACCGCGAUCGCCAACAGCCGCGAGACGGCCCGGCGUGAUGCGGAGCGGAGGUUAUGCGCGGGACGCGGCGGCGGCCAAUUUUCGAACAUGUACAUGCCAGAUUCGUCGUGGCUGUGA